UUUUCACUCACUCUUGAAACGGCCGUUGUGCGGACGUACAUGUUUAGACGGAGUUUAUGUCUGUUUUUUAAUUCACUCACAGUUUUGACCACUUACUUGUCGGGAGUGUGUUCCGAGUUAUUUUCUCGCAAAACGAAAAAAAGGUACAUAGCGGCGGCGGAUAAUAUUUUCAAAUUUUUUUACUCUGUUGUAAUAAAAAGAAAAAAAACAACAACAAAAUAAAAAUAAAAUAAUUUAAAAAAAAUAAACAGAUUCUACCCUUAAGCUUUUGAGUGUUGUGUUUUUAAAAAAGUGAAAGAUAAAAAUUAUAAUAAUUUUACAGAAAAUUUGAAUCGAAUUAAAAAAAUUAAAAAAAUUACCCCUGGCGGAUAACCGAUGGAAAAGUGUACAAGUGUGUGAGUGAAAUUGUGAAUUUCAGUGAUUUGAAAUACCUAAUUAAUAACAACAGUUAUAAUAACUCAUUUAUUGGAGAUACAACACUUCUGCUGACUGAAACAAAAAAAAAAAAAUUGGAGAAGGACUAUCAUCAACAUAAUAGAUGACAUCUUACGGUGGUAAAUUUUAAGAAUACAGAACAAUUUAGAGACAUGAUUGCCUACUGAAUACCCCAACAUUAACCUAAAACAAAAUCACAACAAAGAACAAAAUAAGAAUACCUACAUAAUUUUUCACGUUGAAACUGAAUUUAAACAAAAAACCGUUAAACUGGCGAAAAUGCAUCUAACGACGACACCAAACGUCACAAAUACCAACUCAACAAACAACAGCUCCAACAAUGCAACAACUGGCAAUAAUACCAGCAAUACAACAAAUUCUACCAGUGGAACUGGUACGAAUAACAAUAACAGUUCUACAAAUGGCACCAAUGGCAACACUGAAAAUACGCCGCCCACAGCAGCGCAGCUGCUCAAUGAGGCAUACACCAAAAUGACAUCUGACAUUUUGGCGGAAAGGACGUUAGGUGAUUUUCUAACAGAACAUCCGGGUGAAUUGAUCCGAACCGGAAGUCCGCUUUUGGUGUGUACAGUGCUGCCGCCCCAUUGGCGAUCGAACAAAACUCUGCCGGUUGCAUUUAAAGUUGUUUCGUUGGGCGAUAUUGGUGAUGGGACAAUGGUAACAGUGCGAGCGGGUAACGAUGAGAAUUAUUGUGCUGAAUUGAGAAAUUGUACGGCCGUGAUGAAGAACCAAGUGGCGAAAUUCAAUGAUCUGCGAUUUGUUGGGAGAAGUGGUCGAGGGAAGAGUUUCACACUAACCAUCACCAUAUCGACAUCACCACCGCAUAUAGCCACCUACAAUAAGGCGAUAAAAGUCACUGUGGACGGACCCCGAGAGCCCCGUUCGAAGACAAUGUUAUCACUUUUAGGACAACAACAACAAUUCCACUUUGCCUUUGGCCAGCGACCGUUUCAUUUUUCUGCCGACCCGCUUUCUGGAUUUCGAAUGCCGCCCAUUGGAAAUUGUCAAAAUAUGUCGCAAUUUGGAUUAGGAGCUGCUAACACACACUGGGGAUAUGGAUCAGCGAGUGCUUAUUCACCGUAUCUGGCUAGUAGCGGAUUAUCGUCUUGUACAACGCCAUCCUCUGCACAAUUUAAUAACCCAGCUUUGGGUUUCACCUGCUCCUCCAAUGAUCAAGCUAAUAAUCAGGAUUUUUCGGGAACAGCGAAUCGCGAUUGUGUGCCAAUGCUUCCUGACUCAACAGCUACUGAUUUGGAUCAACAUCUUAGCAAUCUUGUUGGAUCAACCACAGGUCAAAUGACACAUCACAGCCUGCUAGGUGCAACUGGUCAAACAUCCAUCUCCUCAACCGUAAACGGUGGUGGUGGUUCAGCUAAUACCUCCAUUUUGGUGCCAAGAUAUCAUUCGAAUUCAAAUCAAGAAUACAAUGUCCAUUCAAGUCAAAACGGUCCACGAAGUCUAAGUGAUUCAUCUCAAGCUGAAUCUCCCGUCCAGGAGGACCUUCUAACCUCGAAUACUCCCAAUCUCGGCGGUGGUGGUGGAGCAGCAGCUGGCAAUGGCCCAAACAAUGGUGGUGGAACAAAUAAUGGCGUGGCUGCUAAUCAGAACUUUACAGGAAUUGUCAAUCAAACGCAAAAUUCUUCUGUAGCGUACAGUUCUACCGGCGGAAGUGGAUGUAAUGGCUCAUUGUAUCCAGUUUUACCAGCCAGUUUGCUGUAUUCUCAACUCUAUACCGCUGCGAAUCAAACUCACGGCUUCCAUUCCCAUACUCUGCCACCGCAUGCUUCCCCAAAUUCCGCUGUACACGGCGAACUCCAAAGCGUUAUGGACCAUAUUAGCAAUGUUGGCGCCCGCCAACAGCAUCAUAUCAUGGCUGGCGGAAACACUCAUCCUGGCGAUCUAACACUGGUUGGAAACUGCGGAGCAUCAGCACGAAAUGUUGACGAUGGCAACACUAAUCGCCAGGUGGCGCUCGCUGCCCAUCGUGGCCACCACAAUCCAACUGACAAUGGGAAUUCCGUGUGGCGACCAUAUUGAGGGUUCGAUUAUCUGAUGAUGUAGGAGUCCCAAAAUUGUGACUGACAAAGGGGUCAAAAUUUCGACACAAGUGAACCUCAGUCAAAAAUGAAAAAAAUAGAAUAAUUUCAAAUGUAAAUAUUGUAAAAUAAAUAAAAAAUAAAAAGAAAAUAUAAAUAUUUAAA